AUGGCUGAUUCGGAGCCUCAAAAUAAUGGAAGUGUUGAAAAAGAACAAAGACCUAAUGGUGGUGGAGAUGAGGGCGACGCAUGGGGAAGUCUUGACUCAUCAUCCGUACAUCGAUAUGCCAAGAUGCCCGUACACCGUAACGCUCAAAGGUACAACAUGCAGCAUCCGAAACGUGGUAUGGCACUUAUUUUUAAUCAUGAGACUUUUGAUGUACACAACCUCAAACAGCGUACGGGGACGAGCGUCGAUAGUGAUAAUUUAUCCAAGGUUUUAAAGAGUUUAGGGUUUAAAGUAACCAUACUCAAUAACUUGAAAUCCGAGGACGUUAACAUGUAUCUUCAGCAAACAGCUGAAAUGGAUCACUCGAAUUAUGACUGUCUGCUCAUAGCUGUGCUGACCCACGGCGAAAUGGGCAUGCUGUAUGCGAAGGACACGCAUUACAAGACUGAUAAUCUAUGGUACUAUUUUACAGCCGAUAAAUGUCCCACACUAGCAGGAAAACCAAAAAUAUUCUUUAUUCAAGCUUGCCAGGGUGACAAGUUGGAUGGAGGUAUAACUUUGUGCAACAGAACUGAGACAGAUGGCUCAUCCCACAGUGCUCCAUAUAAAAUACCAAUCCAUGCAGACUUUUUGAUUGUAUUUUCAACUGUGCCUGGGUACUUCUCCUGGAGGAACACCACUCGCGGUUCGUGGUUCAUACAAGCGCUUUGCGAGGAGCUCCGUUAUUCAGGUACAGAGAAUGACAUCUUAACACUCCUAACAUUUGUCGCUCAAAGAGUCGCUCUGGACUUUGAAUCUAACACACCAGAUGUUUUACCGAUGCAUCAACAGAAGCAAGUGCCUUGCAUCACCAGCAUGUUAACAAGGCUACUGGUUUUCGAAAAGAAACAAAUGUAA